UUACCUGCAGGACAGUGAACUACUGAGGCUGCAUUUGUUACUUGAACAUUAACAGACUAGCAGUUCGGUCGUUCACUGUGCUGGCUGGAUUUGCUUGUGUUUGUUCUUAGCCACUGCUCAUGUAAUGCACUCCCUUAACCAGGAAAUUAAGGCAUUCUCCCGGAAUAAUCUCAGGAAGCAAUGCACCAGGGUGACAACGCUAACUGGAAAGAAAAUUAUAGAAACAUGGAAAGAUGCCAGAAUUCAUGUUGUGGAAGAAGUAGAGCCGAGCAGUGGGGAAGGUUGUGGUUAUGUGCAGGACCUUAGCCUGGACCUGCAAGUUGGUGUUAUUAAGCCAUGGUUGCUCCUGGGGUCACAAGAUGCUGCUCAUGAUCUGGAUACACUGAAAAAGCACAAGGUGACUCAUAUUCUCAAUGUUGCAUAUGGAGUUGAAAAUGCUUUCCUCAGUGACUUUGUAUAUAAGAGUAUUUCUAUUUUGGAUCUACCUGAGACCAAUAUCCUGUCUUAUUUUCCAGAAUGUUUUGAAUUUAUUGAACAAGCAAAAAUGAAGGAUGGAGUGGUUCUUGUUCACUGUAAUGCAGGAGUUUCCAGGGCUGCUGCAAUUAUAAUAGGCUUCCUAAUGAAUUCUGAAGAAAUCUCAUUUACCAGUGCUUUUUCUUUGGUGAAAAAUGCAAGACCUUCCAUAUGUCCAAAUGCUGGUUUUGUGGAGCAGCUUCGUACAUAUCAAGAGGGCAAAGAAAGCAAUAAGUGUGACAAAAUACAGGAAUUAGAAGAAACAACAGUUCCUGAGUUACAUUCUAGCUGAUGAUGGACAACUGUAAUUUCUGAGUUGGUCUCUAGAGCCACCUUUCCCCUUUUUGAGAGUAAACUAGUAGAAACUUCCUUCUCUCAUGCUUUUUUCAAGUGGAAAUAGAGGUCAAUUGGUUGUCCUAAGUUAAGGUAUAAAUAAAUUUUUUAAAUUAUAUCAUGUUUUCUUUAGUAUUAUAAUAUGUGAUUAAAUGCUUCUUUGAUUUGCUAAGGGAAAAUAACAAUGUAUUACCAAUAAUUGAUUUCUGUAGAAAGAAAAGGUUUAAAUUUAAAAUCUAUAUCAAAGCAUGAAAGAUUAAAUUAGUUGAUUAAAACUUUUGGUAGUUUUCUAUUCCAGCAACUGUUUCCAUGAAGGAAAAAACUUGAAGUGCUACUUGACUUACUAUUUCAGAGGGAGGUAAAUUUCUUUGUGAAGAAUUUAAGAUUAAAAAACAAUACCUUAAACCUCCCAAAAGAGGCAACCAAAAUCUGAAGGUUUACACAAAUUUAUGUAGCAGUUAAAAUAUUCACAAGAUUUUUAUGUCCUUUUAUGAAAAUGUACCCACUUUUCAUUUUGAUUCUUUAAUUUAACUGUAUUCCCGGUGUUUAUUUUUAAAGUUUUUUGUAUAGCUAUUCUCUCUUACUUUAUUGUGAGCUUAUGGUUCUUUUAUUAGGUGAUUAGUCUCUUACAUUGUAUGCUUUUUAUUCUGGGUCCCUAGCAUUCUGUUUUUGCGUCUGACGUCAUAAUUAUCUGAUCUCCUUGGAUCUGUGGGAAAGUGUUUUAUACUAAAAAAUCAUUUUUAAAAUGUGGUUUGAUUAAUGAUCUGUUUUCUAGUUCAGUAUUCUACUAGGGAACAUAUUUUUAAGGAAAGAACAGUUAUGGUUGUGUAAGAAAUUUUGCAUACAUUUUUAAAAAGCCCAAAAUCAUUUACAAUUUUAUUUCUGGCCAGAGGCUUUGAUUAGUUUUUUUUUUAUUAAGUCUCCAUAUUAGCAAGGCUGAACUCUGUACAUUAUGAAUUUGC